CAAAAAUAAUUUAUUUAUUUUCAUGUAUAAAUAUUAAAACUGAUUAUAUAGAGAGACAGGUGAUAGUUAGCAGUGAAUGCUCGUUGGUACAACUCCUCAUUCUUCUCCGCAAAAAUAGCAAGUUAUUUAACAAACAAAAAAAUUCAUAUAAACGAUUUUAUUUUUUUGUGACUUUUGAGAUUCGUUAAUUCUGGAAAAUUUGUUUAUUUUCAAAACAAGAAUAUGGAUUCGUCAUAAAAGCUAGGCUAUGAUCAACAUGUUUCAUACAAACAAGAACAGGGCUUUUCAAGAAAGUAGCAUUCUCUGUUUCUGUUGUCUCAAUCCCUUUUGAUUUUUUUUGUGUUGGCAGAUUCAUCAAAUGUCGGUUCUUUCUUCUCGGACAGGACGAGAUCGUCAACGUUACGACAACAACUUCCGUCUCGUUUCUGGAUGCAUUCCUUAUAGGCUGAUGAAAGCUGACGAAACUGAAGAAGACUCAGGUGUUGACUUUGUAAACAAACUUGAAGUUCUUAUGGUUUCAUCUCCUAAUCGUCAUGAUCUUGUCUUCCCAAAGGGAGGAUGGGAAGAUGAUGAGACUGUUCUUGAAGCUGCUUCUCGUGAAGCCAUUGAAGAAGCAGGAGUUAAAGGAAUACUUAGAGAACUUCCUUUAGGAGUUUGGGAAUUUAGAAGCAAAAGUAGCACAGUGGAGGAUGAAUGUUUAGGUGGAUGUAAAGGAUAUAUGUUUGCAUUAAAAGUUACCGAAGAACUCGAGGAUUGGCCAGAGCGAAAGAAUCGUGAACGAAGAUGGUUGACUGUUAAAGAAGCGUUGGAGCUUUGUCGGUAUGAGUGGAUGCAGAGAGCACUUGAAGAGUUUUUGAGAGUAAUGGAAGAUGAAAGAAGAUUGAGAACAGAGGAAGAGACAGUGCAUGAUUCUUCAAAGCUAGAGGAGGAGAGUCAAAUAGAUCCUUGGUACUGUUUUGUAGUUAACUAGUUUUUCAUAUUCUUUAGCUAACGUAAACAAAUUGAAAAAAUGAGAAGUAAAGUGACUGCAACACAUGUGACAUGAUAUAAUCUCAAAUCAUCUGUCUUGAAUCUUGAUAUCUGUCUGUUUGAAGUGAUAAAGAUAGAGUUGUCUUUAUAUGCAAUUGGGACACCAAAUGCAAAAAGACAAAGGACAUAGAAGAAAUUACCUAAUCACACACAAAUCAAUGCUUAAGGCUUGACUUCAAAAUCAACUGAAUACACUUAAGAAUCCAAAUCCCUAAGCUUAUGUCACAUGUUUAGUUAGG